AUGCGAGUGAGCAUCCAACCCAGCGAUUGGACAAUUAAGCUCACUAUCAGUCGAGCACCAGCACUCAUCGGGCUGGGUAUACUGGGCGUAACUGCAUGGGCUGGAUUUGUCGUGUAUGCUACGAAUCAAGAACGCCUAGCUAGCUCUGUGACCAAACAGGUCCUCACCCAAGUCCGGGCUUCUCAAGAGAUCGCCGCGGAGCUUGGUCAGGGAGUUGUAGCCGAGCCUACAUGGUGGAUGGUCGGUCAACCAUACGUGGACGGGGCGUUGUUCGGUACUGUUCUCGGAAACUUGAGUAUCCAAACUUUGGAACUUCAAAGGCAAGGUCGAUAUUAG